GGCUGAGCUGCGGGCGGCACACCCCAGCCAGUGUUCCUACUCCAGCGGCCGAGGGAGCGGGGCGUCCGCGAUGACAGUGAUUGUACCACCACAGUGACGAGCCGGUUACCACCACCAGGCGAAUGAUUUGAUUAUAUAUCAAAUCCACUACUUUCCUAGGUGCACAUGUGUGAAGAGCAUUCAUAGGCACUACGUCGGAGGUAGUUGUGCAGAGGCUGAAAAGCAUAAAGGUGCAGCUAGAAGGAACUGCAGCAAAGAAGCACAGGUGUGGGCUCAGAGGAGUGGCAGCUCAGAAAACACUAGAGUGAAGCUAGCAGCAAUCUAGGAGGUACAAUAACUGAUCAUGGGGAGCGUAGGCCAGCCACCAGUGGUGGUGGGAGCCACUGCAGCAGCUCGGGAGGAAGUUACUGUCUACAUCAAAGCAGGUGUCGACGGAGAAAGGAUGGGAGCAUGUCCCUUUUGCCAGAGAGUCUUCAUGGUCCUCCUCAUCAAGUCACAACAUAACCUCCUCAGAUUCAAAGUAAUCACGGUUAAUCCAGCCAAGCCUCCACCCGAGUUUAAAGCCCUAGGCCUCAAGCAUGUCCCAGCUCUCAUCCAAGGAGAUGAUGGAUACGAUGCUCUCGAUGAUAUUAUUCAAUAUAUCGACACAAAGUUUCCUGGAGGAGGACUCGAGUACAACAGUCCUGAUGCUGACCUUGCCACUAAAGACUUCUUCUCCAAGUUCUGCUUCUACAUCAAGGCAGUAAAUCAAGAUCCUUCUAAACUAGAUCAGGCUCUAGAGAAGCUUAACAAUUUUUUAGAGAAAUGUACAUUAAUCACUAAUGGUGUAACCAAUGGAGACACAAAUCACCAGCACAAUGGAGAUGAGGAAGAUAAUCACCAGGAAGCUCCCGUACAAUACAUGUGUGGUAACCAUCUAACACAUCUCGACUGCGAGGUUCUCCCAAAACUCCAACAUCUCCGAGUAGCUGCAAAAGCUCUAAAGGAUUACGAUAUCCCAACAAAUCUUCGAGGUUUUUGGAGGUAUCUACAUGCAGCAUAUACUCACCCAGUAUUUGUGAAAACCUGCCCAUGUGAUCAAGAAAUAAUUCUCCAUUGGCAUGACCGACCAGAGACGCCAAAACUAUCACAUAAAAAGCAUUCAGUCAUCGCUAAAGAGAAGCCAAAGUAUUCGUUUGAUGUACCUGUCCGUGCUUCAGUGGUAACAAUAAUAGAUGAAUAAGCCACUAAUUAAUGCAUUUUACAUAGUAUUCAUGCAUGACAAUCCAUGUUCAGUAGGGUACCGAGCCAUUUGUUAAUGUGCAUUGGGAUAUUGCAUAAACAGUAUUAUCUUGACAUGUAUUUAGAAAUAACCCUGAGUACAGAAUGUAGAGUACAGAACUGUACAGCAAUUUUAAUUCUCAAACAAAUUCAGAGCCAAGAAAUGUCAUGGGUGAUAAACAGUGAUAAAUCACCCAUGCCGAGUAAUUGCUGAAGUUACAUCCUGCAUCAUGGAUUUCUAAAAUAUUAUUUAAAUAUUAUUUAUAAAUCAGUGACAAUUAUGAUUUCAUGAUGGGUACCUACACGGUAGUUACUGUACUGUAGUUCUGUACAGAGUACUCCUGUUCAAAUGGACAAAUCUGUACUAGCCUUUUCACAGGAACUAAAGGUCUGUUGCUUCUUUAGUUAUUAUUUUACUACAGAAAUUUAUACAAAUCAUUAUUUUACUUAUAUUAUUGCAAAUGAUAGAACAUAGAAAAAAAACUGUCAAAGUACAGUAUGCAGAAAGCAAAGUGAAUUUGGUCAGCAUGAAAUACUUAUCCAUUUUUAAGCAUAAUCCUAUUUAAGUCUGGUCUAGUGGAUACACUGCCUGCAAUUGUCCAUUAGAACCAAAUGCAAUGAUCAUACUACCAGAAUGGGAUCCAUUACACCUUUCUGGUGUACAAUACAGGUUCAAGAAGUAGUCUACUGUACAUAUUCUGUCAUUAUUCUGCUGAUGUACUUCAUCUCCACAUAUUAAAUAUUGAAUAGAAUAUUAAAACCUUAAUAAUAAUAAUAAUUAAAUCUAUCCGAGUAGGAUCCUACCCAUUAAGACUUGUCACGUUUGAAAUGUCAGAAUAAUUUCUAAAAAGCUGUCACACUCAUUCCCAUUUAAAUUCAGUAGUCAGAAUAUAAAGAUAUGCUUAAGUUAUUGUGCAUAACCUUCUUUGUAAUGAGAUUCAAAUAAUAAUUUCUUGCUAUUUCUCUUAACAGGCAGUUCAAGCCAGUAAAUUAUUGGAACAAUUUAUGUCUAGGAAAUACAGGUACUGUAAAUAAAUAUGAAGUCCAUUAUUUUUUUGUUGGUAUGAUGAAUGAAUGUGGCAGUUCAUGUCUUCAUUUCAUUACAUUUCAUUUCAUUUCGAUGAUGCAAUGUAACAAACUACAAAUGUUAGUUGAAGAAACAUGCCUCCCGACAUGUCAAAGUCAAAUCCAAGACGAGUCUUUAUUUUACUACGGUACAUAAAAGACAAACUGGUCAGUAAACUUAAGAUUUUCAAAAUCGUUUUACACUGUAGUCUAGUCAAUUUUUUUCUUUAAAUGUCGCAUAAGAAUACUAUAUAUUAAACCUCUUGUAUAUCAAACAUCUAUCAUAAGAAAAUGUAAAAAAAAAAUUAAUCUGAUAGUUUUUUUUUAACACUACAAUACUGAAUAUAUUUUUUCCACUUUAUUCAUUGUACAAAUAAAGCAAUGUCCUGCAUUAAAUUUUAAUUACUAUUUUAAGUGAUAUACAGUAUAGUGUUAAGCAAAACACAAAACCCACACAUUAAAGAUGCAAAACGAA